CCCUUCGCCAUUUCUGGAUGCUACACAGCACUGCCUGUGUUUGCUUGCACCGUGAACUUUUUUGGCUCGCGAGCGCAGCAUCUUGGUUUUUGCUCGACUCUUUUCUUUUCCUUGUCGCUGGAAAGGAACAUCGCGCCGCGCCGCUCUACAACCCCCAGAUUUCCUACGUUGGCCCGCGGCAAAUCACCCAACCCGCUCGUUUGAUUGCGCACAAACUAGAGCGACGCAAAGAAAGUAACCUUUGGUUGCGUUGGAUCACGGCGCGUUGCGACGACAAAAACAAACACCAUCCAGACGAACUGUACAGCUGCUGGCAAUAGCGAAAGCAAAGAAAAAACCAAGCCAGAGUGUUUUGCCCUCGACGAUCCUGCGAUCCUUGCUUCAUUUCGAAACACCCACUCGACUUACCGCCCAUGCACCCAGUUAUGCGCUACAUUGAUUAUCAGGUCGCUACAAUUUUUCAAUAACCAGCACUUCCACCUCCAUUGCAAAUAAAAAACACGCUUGAAUUGCCCGCCUGCAACUGCAGAAUCUCGCCAAGAUGAUGCGCCCAGCGACACCACUGACUGUGGUGCUGUUGGCCGCGUUUGUCCUGCUGCUCAUAUCGGUUCUCUCGGUUCCAAUCACAAAGUCCAUCGCUCUCGCUAAAGCCGACGACGUAUCUUUUGGUGUAUUUGGCCACUGUAAGGCAGAUGGUUUCUGCAGCCAGAUUGGUAUCGGCUAUGACCCAGCCUCUGCUCUUAGCGCUGACACAAACAAGUCUUUCACCAUGUCAAACUCUGUGAGAAAGACUCUUAGUGCUAUUCUUAUCCUCCACCCUGUUGCUGCUCUUCUUACUCUUAUCAUGUUGAUUCUCGGUGGUGCUUCGCACAUGCACUCAGCAUCGCACUCCGCUCGCUACCUCCUCGGUGUCCUCAUCUUCACCUUUAUUACCUUCUUGAUCUCUCUCGCCUCCUUCAUCAUCGAUAUUCUCCUCUUUAUGCCUCACAUGGCCUACGGCACAUACCUCGUUUUGGCCGCUACCAUUCUGCUGGCUGCUGCCGUCGUCAUUCUCUUUGCCAUGCGCCGCACAGUCGUUGGCCGAAAGGCUCGCCAACGCAGAAUUGCUGAGAAUGCUGAAAUGAGCGGCGAAAACUUUUACAAUAGAGAGAACCAGAUCCAGCCGAACCCGAUCCCUCCACCAAUCCCCAUGUCUAGCGGAGCCAACAACGCUGGCGAUGGCUUGCCUGCUUUUGCUACCUUUGAAAACAAGCCCAAGGAAGAUACUGUAAGCGACGAGCGCAUGCCUCUCACCAGCUCCGCCACCGAUAGAUCACCUAGCGCACAUCCCAGUGAGAUUAGCCGCUCUACCUCGAGGGACCGCUACGGAAACCCGAUUAACCAGCCCAGCGAUGCCUACAGCAUGCAGAAUGGCCCGGGCUACAACCAGCGUGGCAGAGGCGGUAUGGGCCCUCCUCGCGGUAGAGGCGGACCUCGCGGCGGUUAUGGAUCUCGCGGCCGUGGUGAUGGCCCCGGAGGCUAUGGUGGCCGUGGCGGAUACGGAUCCCCACGAGGACGAGGUGGAUAUGGUUCCCAGCGUGGCGGAUAUGCUGCUGGAGCGAUGGGCAUGGCUGGUCGUGGUGGCAUGGGUCCCCAGUCCAGUCGUGGACCUAGCGAGUACGGCGACGAUGGUUAUAGCCAGCCCUCUGAUAGAUCACAGCACGGCUACUCCAACAACGGUGAUUCUCAGUACGGCAGUGAACUCGCUCGCGCCGAAUCUCCUCCCCCUCUACCGACUGAGCAAGGACCGCACAACGGUGCAGUUGAGAUGGACAGCGGAGCUGGCGGCCACCCUGGCGGCUACGGUUAUGGUCACGAUAAUGCGAUGCCACCCCCAGGUCGUCCUGGUUACAUGAGCGAUGGCAGCAAAUACAGCACCGAUCAGUACGUUCCGCCUCGUGCGGCUUGGAACCAAGAUGGUGGCUCGGGACGUAACAGCCCACGCGGUCAAUCACCAGUCCAAGCACCCAGAUCACCCAUCGACCAGCGUGGUCCUGGACCCCAACAACCCCAACAGGGCCAAUACUACGACGAUGUUGCGCCUCGCUUCGAAGGAGCGCCUCCUCAGCCCCGCAGCCCUGUGCACCACUUACACCCACAGUACUCGCAGUACCCUCCUCAGCACGGUGACCAGCCCUACGAAGAUGUCCAUGCUACUGUUGGGGGCGCCCGAUCACCCGCUGAAUCUGACCACUCCAACUUCACCUCCAUCUCUCAACGGGGCGUCAACCCUCGCUGGAACGGACAGGGCGGAGGCCACCCAGCCAUGCCUAGACACGGUAGUGCCCAUCGUGCUGCCCAGCAGCGCCAGGACAUGAUCCUCGACAACGCUGACUUCCAAGUCCCUGGAUCAUCACGACCCAAGCGCGGCCCAGGCGGCGGGGGUAUGGUUCCCGGCAGCUCGUACCCCAACCAGCUGAGAUAAUUGCAAACAUCACUCUUUCUUACAACAUAAAACCACUUUCUCUCUACAACUUUUCUUUUUCCCCACCCUGUGUUGGUAUACUUUUAAGUUUUUCUUUCGGUCAAGCUGGAGACUUGCCAAAGCGCAUUUUUACCUCGAAUAUAUACGGUUCUGCUGAGCUUUCGAAUGGGGCUCUUUCCCCCCUCUUAACUUUUUUCUUUUUAUCUGCAUUUUGACCUCGAUGGAAGGAUGGAUUAUACGGAUGUUUGGACUAUGUCUUUUUGUUUUAUGCGAGCGGGAGAUAUGAGCCGUAUGGACUGUAUGCAAUUUGUUAUGACAACUGGUCUUUACUUACCGGAAAACUCUUUUACAUAGCAAAUACGGACAAUAUUGAUUUACCAUCAACAUGCU